AUGGUCGAAUCAUCAAAAAUAAAUCUAAGCUCCCUGCGGAGGAUCCCUCUCUCUUACGCCAGCUGCUCCAUUGGGAAAGUCACCGAUUCACUCUCUCAAAGACUCGAAGCAAUCACAAAUGCGGGCUUCGUAGGAAUUGAACUAUCGUUCCCGGAUAUUAAGCAGUAUGCAGAGCAGCUCUUGGAUAAAAAAGUCGGACCCGACGAUUAUGAUGAUCUGUGCAGGGCAGCGCAAGAAAUCGGGAAAUUGUGUCAGCAGUUGAAUCUCGAGAUCAUGAUGCUGCAACCAUUUGCGAAUUUUGAGGGAUGGCCGAAUGGGUCUCCAGAAAGAGAGGAAGCAUUUUCAAGAGCGAAAAAUUGGAUUAAAAUAAUGAAAGCCUGUGGGACGGAUUUGUUACAGGUCGGGUCAACGGACAGCUCAGAUGAAGAUAGAAUAACGACCGAUCGCAACGAAAUUGUACAAGACCUCCAGGAACUUGCAGAUAUGCUGGCUAAAGAAAAUUUCCGGAUGGCCUACGAGAACUGGUGUUGGUCCACACAUGCGCCGACAUGGAAGGCGGUAUGGGAAAUCGUGCAACAGGUCGACAGACCAAAUGUCGGGUUAUGUCUCGACACUUUCCAAACAGCGGGUAGCGAGUGGGCUGAUCCUACAACAGCCUCGGGACUGAUUGAAGAGGUAUCCAAGACUGAACUGGAGAAGCGAUGGAAAGACAGUAUGGAAGAAUUGGCCUCCUCGAUUCCCGCAGAAAAGAUCUAUCUGCUACAGAUAUCAGAUGCAUAUAAGCCAAAUACUCCUAUUGAAAGGAAGAUUAAAAAUGACUUGCUCCCUCGAGGACAGUGGAGUCAUGACUUCCGGCCGAUGCCGUAUAAUGGUGGAUAUUUACCAAUCGAAGAUGUAACGAAAGCGGUACUCAGGACAAGAUUUAGAGGCUGGUUUUCCAUGGAGAUAUUUGAUAGUGGUCCAGACGGCACGGGAAAAGAGUACGAUGUGGGCAAAUUUGCAAAGAGUGCAAUGGAGAAUAUGCAGAGGCUUUUUAAGAACGUGGCAGACGCGAGUGCCUAA